CCAGAGUUCAGUCUGGCCGGCACAACAAUUCCAGCUAAGGGGGAGGAGGACUUCCUCACGCUGGCCACCUCCCGGCUCAGUCGAAAGAAACGCGUCAUCGGGGCUGGAGUUGGUGUGGCCAUGGUCCUGGUCCUGCUGGUGGCCAUUCCCCUAUUGGUCCACACCACCAAAGGGGGAGGGUCUGGAGGAGGGGGCAUGCAUUACGAGAUGCUUGGGACCUGCAAGAUGGUGUGUGACACCCCCACACAGGGAGAGCUGACAGCUGUCUCCCCACAGCCCCCGGACUUCUCAAAUCGCAGGGGCAAGCAGGGUUUCAGAGGGGGCCCUGGACCUCCUGGCCCUCCAGGUCCCAAAGGGCCCCCCGGAGAGCCCGGCAAGCCUGGCCCACCUGGUCCACCAGGGCCUGGACCUGGUGGCUACGGCCCCUCAUUCUACAGUCCCAAGAUCGCCUUCUACGCCGGCCUGCGGAAACAACACGAAGGGAGUGAAAUACUGAAGUUUGAUGACGUGGUGACCAACGUAGGGAACUACUACGAGCCGAGUACCGGCAAGUUCACCUGCCCUCUGCCCGGCAUCUAUUACUUCACCUACCAUGUGCUGAUGAGAGGAGGUGAUGGGACGAGCAUGUGGGCCGACCUGAAGAAGAACGGGCAGGUGAGGGCCAGUGCAAUUGCUCAAGAUGCAGAUCAGAACUACGACUACGCCUCCAACAGCGUCAUCCUGCACCUGGACGUAGGCGACGAAGUGUGUGUACAGCUGGACGGGGGCAAAGUUCACGGCGGAAAUACCAACAAAUACAGCACCUUCUCUGGCUUCCUCAUCUACCCUGACUGACAGUAUACUUACAUUCUUAUACUUUAUCUCUCUGUAAUCGAGCAAAACGUUCCCUCUCCUUUCUGCAUCUAACAUGCCAUGCUUUCAUGAUGUAAUUUGUCAUUCCAACGCUGUUCGGUACACAAAACGUGUAAUAACAUGAUCACAGUUAACAAGUUUGAAGAGAAUUUGUGUAAAAAUGAAUAUAAUAUUGUAUAUAUUACCAGUUAACAUUUACUUCUGAUACACACACCGGUGUAAUCAUUAUUCUGUGCCAUGUACAGUAUGUGUAAGCAUGGCUAAAAGACGUCAUUCACAUCUGUUUUCUCCUACAACUUCUCCUAUCAGUUGUUACACUGAGACAAGAUGACCAUUUCAGCCACCGGUCUGAAAUCGACUUAAAUGAUCUCUGAAUGUAGACUGUAAAUCGAAGAGUGUGUAUUUGGCUGCAGCCUCUCGCCUUCACAGUGAGAUGGAUUUUCAAUAUGGCCGUAGACACCAAACGAGAAAAGUCAUGAAUAUAUUGAUCGCAGCUGAUAAUACAGCCAACACCAUGAGCAUAAUCCAGUGUGUUGUACGUCUGUAUUCAUGCUCAUGUGCAAGCAUUUGUGUGUUUACCCUCCAGUUUGUGUUAAGGAGUAAAAGCAUCAUGUUGCUGUUAGUUUGACCCGCACAAUCUCUGAUACAUUAAGGAAGGGGUGUCAACUUUUUGGUAACAGUCCCUUAACACACACAGUAUAUCAAUACCGAGGUUUAUCUUUGAGAUUUCGCCUGAGCCAGAGCUUAUGAUAGAGCGUCAUCAUAUCCUGCUAAUGAGCCCGGACUUCCUCUACAGCCUCACCUGUUCAGCCCGGCAUCCAUAGUGUGCUGUAUGAUGAAUAUGAUAUGACUUUAAAGAAAUAGUUCGACAUUUUUGGGGAAAUAUUUGCUUUCUUGCUGAGACUUAGAUAAGAUCAUCUAUGCCACUCUCAUAUCUGUCCUCAUGUUAAUCAUACAGAAAGCGGUUUCAAUCUUCUCAUCUAAUUUCCCUCAAGAAGGUGAAUAAACCCAAAAUGUCUAGCUAUGGUUAAUUUUAUUGUGUAUGUACCACUGUGAAGAUGUUUUUGAAAAGCUGGUGACUGUUGAUGUUUUACUGCCAUAUGACAUACCUAUAGGUUUUCUGUGCCUUACACAAUCUAUUUCAUUUUUAUUUUUUAUGCAUGAGACUGUUUUUAAAUCCAAGCUUUAUGAACAAGCUGAUCCACGUGAUACCAACACGUAUCUGACAGAAGUUUCUUAUGAAAACCUCCCAGACGCAUGCAGUCCAUGCAUAUGUUGUCAAAUUAUGAAAUGCAGAUACCAGAUGCUAACUGAAGACAUUGACUGUGAAUCUUUGUAUGUAACUGGAUGUAACUCACUGCUGUAAAGAAAAGCCCCAAAAUGGAGAUCAAGAUUCAAUCUGUAUGAAGCAUGUCAUUUUGUAAAUUAAAAUCUGCAUCAGAGAAAUUAUAAAUAUGUCGAUGUAACCAAAUAAUUAUAUUUAACAGUUCUAUUUUUUUGUUUUUACAUGAUAUUAUGCCUACACGGGUAAAAUGUAAAACUCCUUUAAACACAUCUAUUGUAGUUUUAAUGCCAUGCAGGAGGAGAGCGUCACAUUGACCCAGUAAUACACUGGUUACGUGUGGCAGAGACUUUUAUGUCCCAAUUCUGCAGCUUGAUAGUAUGACUGUACCCCGAUGAGAUUCGGAUGUGAGUCUGUUCUGAUCAAGUCGUCAUUCUUGUGCUGUGAUUGAAACAACAUCCCGACACUGUAUAUUGUACACAAACAUUCCUCCUGAGUGACUUCACAUAACCUGUGUGCCAUGCUGCAUCCUACUGUGUGUGUUUUUCCUGCCGCUGUUACCUUUGUUCACGAGCAGUGUUGUCACUGUACUUUGCAAGCUGA